AUGACGUUAUGGGGGAAGCAAAUUAAAACAGAAAGCCUGCGAAAAUUUAAUGAACUUUAUAAAGAAUAUAAAACUCUACACUCAGUUAUUAAAUCUCUAGAAUCACCAAGAAAUGAAAAGAAAGUAUCUGAAUAUGAUGAAGAUGAAUACUCAAUAGACUUUGAGAAACUGUAUGAAUGUUCCUCGACUUCAUCUGGAUCUUGUCAUCAAGGGUUAGUUAUUGACGAGUUGGAGGAGUACCUAAGUAAACCCAGAGCCGCCAGCUCGGAAGACAUUUUAUGGAGUGGAGGAAGCAUGAGACAGAAUAUCCAACUUUAUCGAAGAUGGCCCGUGGUUUUCUUUUAA